UAGGACCAGCAGCUACCUUCAGCUGAAAUGUGCUGCUUUAACGGACAAACAAUAGAGUCCGUCUAAAUCCCUUCACCUGAAGUCAUUUCUGCUGCAUUUUUUUUCCCCAGGAAAAGGAGGAGCAGACAGCCUGCGUUCAUUUACAGAUGCACUUUACGCCCUCCUUUGGAGCAGAAAGCAGAGAAAAGUGUCGCUAAAUCCACAGACUGAUCCUCCUGCAGGUCGGUGGUUUUGGCUGAAGGGCCGUGUAAGCGCGGCUUGUAAAGGAACUCCACCGUGGUUGGUCGUAGUGUAUAGAGAGGAGCCCGCUCAGCCCCUCCAGGCCCCUCAGCCAUGGCUCUCCUGGCUUACCUGAAGAGCCUGUUCAUCCUGCAGCUGCUGAUGGGCUUCGUGUUCGUGGUGAGCGGCCUCAUCAUUAACUUCAUCCAGCUGUGCACGUGCAUCCUCUGGCCGAUCAACAGGCAGCUCUACCGCAGAGUCAACUGCCGCCUCGCCUACUCUCUGUGGAGUCAGCUGGUGAUGAUGCUGGAGUGGUGGUCGGGCACAGAAUGCACCCUUUACACUGACCAGGCUACGGUGGACAAGUUCGGCAAAGAGCACGUCAUCAUUAUCCUCAACCACAACUUUGAAAUUGACUUCCUCUGUGGCUGGACAAUGUGUGAAAGAUACGGCGUCCUAGGGAGUUCCAAAGUGCUGGCCAAACAUGAGCUGCUGAAGGUUCCUUUGAUCGGCUGGACCUGGUACUUCUUAGAAAUAGUUUUUUGCAAAAGAAAGUGGGAGGAGGACCGAGAAACUGUCUUUGCAGGCCUGGACAGGCUCAAAGACUAUCCUGAAUAUAUGUGGUUUCUGCUGUACUGUGAAGGCACCCGCUUCACGGAGAAGAAGCACCAAAUCAGUAUGCAGGUUGCAGAAAGUAAAGGCCUGCCCAAGCUCAAGUAUCACCUUUUACCCCGAACCAAAGGAUUCACCACCACGAUGAAGUGUCUUAAAGGCACAGUCACUGCUGUGUACGAUGUGACUCUAAACUUCAAGGACAACCAGACUCCCACCCUGCUGGGUAUCGUCAAUGGCAAGAAAUACAAAGCUGACCUGCGUGUUAAGCGUUAUUCUGUGGAGGAAAUACCAGACGAUGAGCAAGAGUGUGGCGAAUGGCUGCACAAGCUGUACCAGGAGAAGGACGCCUUACAGGAACAGUACAACAAAGAAGGAAAGUUCCCAGGACCUACAAUCAUCCCUCCGCGCCGCCCUUGGACGCUGCUUAACUUCUUGUUCUGGGCCACUCUCCUGUUGUCGCCCCUCAUCAAAUUUGCAUGUGGCGUUGUCGUCAGCGGCUCCCCGCUCCUCAUCAUUGGUUUCAUCACCUUCCUCAUCAUUGCCUCUGUAGCUAUCCGCCGUCUCAUCGGGGUCACAGAGGUGAAGAAAACAGGCUCCAGUUACGGAAACCAGGAGGCCAAGAAACAAAACUAAACUGUGUAACCCCCCUCCCACGUUUGGGACAGCCGCUCCUCCCCCCCGCGGCGUCUCACUCCCUGCCCAGCUCCAUUCUCCUCCUACCAUCGGCUCAGUUGGUAGGCCGGGGAGGAGGCCACCUGUGAAAACAUAGCGACACCAGAGUCAAAUGAAUCCUGCCGACACUAGUGUCCGAGAGAGAAUAACAGAAGGUGCGGGAAUAUCGCUCUCUGGUGUAUCACGGAUUAUAAGGAGGGGGGAGGGGGAUGCAGUACUGAAAAAUCACCAAACCAUCAUCUAAAUCCCGUUAAAUCCCAAUUACUAACAAGAAUGAGCCCCUGAAAUGUCUCUGAGGUCACUUCCUAAACUACAUAACCCACGUUUGCAGAUGACGUUUGACUCCUUUCACCAGUUUUCUGUCUAACACCAGGCUGUAUCCGCUCCCCUUUCUCUCUGAGAGAUUCUUGUGAUGGAAAUCGGUGCCUUUAGGCCCAGCCUGGCUUUCCUUCAGGUCACAUCACACAAAUAACUCAAAGCCUGCUUCAUGUUUCAUUUUAUACGCUCACCAUCUCAGAUUAUACAACUAAACCACAAAUCUAAGCAAGUGGUGAUCCACUGAUCAGGACUGUGCUCAAUAUCAGUUGCAGAUUUAAGACCAUUUAUGAAAAAGUUCCUCUCUCUGCUCUGAGCCAUUUUUACUAGAGGAGGUAAUAUGAGUGAUCUCUGUAAAACAGUGUUUACUAAUAAAUGCAAAGAAAAGAGGCUCCAUUUAUUAUUAUUUCAAGUUUCUUCAUCUAAUUCCUAAUAAAAGCAGAUUAAAGGAUGAAUGGAUAGAACCUCUUUUAAUCCCCUUAGUCAAAGUUUCCACACUGAAGAGGAAUAUUAGAGGUUUUUGCAGUCUGGUUUGGAAAAAAGAUUGGAUCGGCUAAUUUUCAGUCAGCAGUCUAAAACAAAACUGUUCUGAGAAUCACUAUUAAUUUGUUUACACAUAUGAAUCGCAGAUUUAUUUGCAAAUUCCUCACCUGUUGGAUCGGACAGGCUGGUGUCUGUUAAACUACAGCAAGGGCUCUGAAAACUGCUCCCAUCAAGGAUACCUGCGUCUGUUACUGGUCUCUUUAAAACACUCGCUUCAUGCUUUUCUUUCUCCCAUCGAUUUAUUUCUCCUCUAAGAUUUAGGAGUUUACGUAUUCUCAUCAACCCGAGCAGACAUUCUCCGACCUCCUAAAUGUGAUGCUUCAACAUGCCAAGUCCUGCCCCCUCCCCUGACAUGGAAGUGCAGCUCGCUGUGGAACAUGACUGGCAGCUGGUUCGAGCGGAGAAGGUCACCAACUGUCUUUAUGUAGCCACACAGCUGUUAGCCUAGCCUGCAGUAGGAGUAUUUUUAACCUUUGCCUUAAACCAAGCUUGCUCAGGCAAGGGAUUGCUUAUUUACCUCCCGUUGAAACGCAUAACGCCACUUUUGUGUUUGAAAUAUUCGCCCUUCAUUCCUCUCAUUACAGUAAAACAUAAAGUAGGAGGAGCAUAUCGGUGAAACGACUGAUUAACACGAACUCUUUAAAGUUGAGGAAGUUCUUGGAAGGUUUUGUUUUUGAUUAAAAUCACUUAAAAACUUUAAAAUGGAAAAAAAUAGUUUGUUUAGCAAAAAAAAAAA